UGCCGUGACCCUUGACCAUUAGUGAAAUAUUGAAGAAUUGAAAAUAUAAUGGAUGUAGAAAACUGCGGAAAUCGCAUUGUAAAUAUCAGAUCAACCGAUCAGGACUCUAACGAACAAUGUCGGAUAUGUUUAAAAUAUUCUACUUCUCACUGGGAUUUGUUUCGCGAUGGUAAAAAUAUUGCUGGAAAAUUGAUGACAUUUGCUAAUGUGCAGGUGCAAGAAGGAGAUGGAUUACCCACAAUCAUCUGCCUUAAUUGCCGUCAUCUUGUUGACUUAUCAUUCGAUUUUAAAUGUCAAGUUGAGCAAUCGGAUACAAAAUUACGAAACGCUUUGUUAUCUAAAGCUCCAACAUUAUCACUAACCCAUUCGAUUAACAAAGUUAUAGCAGAAGCUGUAUCGGAAGAAUUCCCACAGCAAGGCAUUCAUUGCAAUGUUGACAAUAAUAGUGAGCCUUUUAGUGAUAUUAGCUCAAGAAACAUUGAUCAUUUUGCCGUUCAGACAAAUGAACAGCUAGCUCUAGCAUCUUUAAGUAAUGCUGAGAGUAUGAUGACAUUUGAUAUUAGUAAAAGUUGUGAUCAAAGAAACCAAAGUACAAGUGCAGUGAAAGCAAGUAAUAAUUUCAGGGAUAUUGAGAAGCAAGAGAUUUUAGAACAGUUUAAGGAAGAUCAGUCGUCUAGGGUUAUUCAAGAUAUUUCGAAAGCUGAAGACAAUAUUAACACAUCCUUCGCAGAGAAAUAUGUCAAAUUGGAGCAAAUUCAAAAUUAUGUGGAAUUUACUAGUGGUAAUGCACAACAAAAAUCGGCUUUAUCAAAAUACGUUGAAAUUGCUACAGAGAAUUGUAGUGACAGUGACGAAGAGGAAACACCGUUAAUAUGCAGAACCCAAAGACAAAAAUGUCCUCAAUGUAUAAAAACUUUUCCAACAAAGCUGGCAUUAGAGAGGCACAUGGCCAUGCAUAAACAAAAAACGAAACUUCGCUAUGUUUGUUACAGGUGUGACAAACAAUUUUCAACUCUAGAGAAGCUUAAGAGUCACUUACAAAAUAGUCAUGAAAAAGAGAAAGAUAUCGAAAAAUCAACUGAGGGUAACCAAUCAAAAGGUAUAGAAAGUGAUAAAAGAACCGACAGUGCUGACAAAGAUUACAGUUUAGCAGAAAAGAGGCCGUUCAAAUUUACUUGCAAAGUUUGUUCUAAACAAUUUACUUAUCAGAAAUCUUUUAUAACUCAUGCAAAAAUUCACACUGAAUGUGAUUUAGAAGAUAUAAUUAGCGAGUAUUUGCCACAUACAGUCUCAGAGAGCUCAUCCAAAAGUAAAGAGACUGAAUCAGAGGACGAAGAAAUCCUUUCAGAAGGUUUACAGUGUACAAAAUGUGGUAAACUGUUUGCGACUAAGAGAAAUCUUAAGCGUCAUCUGGUAACUCACACUGGGUUGAAGUACAGUUGUCCCAUGUGCGGAAAAGAAUUUUCGAGAAUAGAUAAAUUGAGAGAACAUGAACAAUCGAAACAUAAAAUAGAAUUAUUUGGCCAAUUUUCCGAUGAUGAUAAUGACGAGGUUACGGAUAAUGAGAAUAAAAUGUCUGACUCUACUGAACGGCGAAAAAAGGAGAAGUACAACCGACCACAUCAAUGCGCACUUUGUCCAAAGGCUUUUGCGCAACCGCAGUCCCUAGCCAACCACACGGAGCGUCAUAAACGGGUCAAAGACACUCAGAAGCGAUUCCUGUGCGAAGUUUGUAGCAAAUGCUUCGCUCAAAGUGGUUCCCUCGUCGCUCACAUGCGCACUCAUACCGGUGUUAAACCAUACGUUUGCAACGUUUGUACUAAGGCAUUUACGAAAAGCACCUACUUACAAUUGCAUUUACGAACUCAUAGUGGAGAAAAACCAUAUAUUUGCCAAUACUGCAGCAGAGCUUUCGCCCGAGCUAAUACUUUGGCUAGACACAUAACGAUGCAUACAGGUGAAGCAAAAUAUCAUUGUCAGAUAUGUAUGAAGUCUUUUAGGAGAUUGACUUCCCUUAACGAGCAUACCUAUACUCACACCGGUCAGAGGCCUUAUGCGUGUAAGAUAUGCGCAAAAAGAUAUAAUAAUGCAGGUUCUUUAUAUGCUCAUACCAAAAAGUGUAAGUCUCAGCAACAAUCCGGAGUUGCACCGACGUAUGCAGUCAGUACUGAGUCGGCGGAUAACAGCAUUCAGAACAAUGCAGUACCUUCAAUGAUUCUGUACUCUCAUAAGAAGUUAGUAGAAACAUCCUCGGUGGGUCAAGUAACGCCUACGUCUCAGUUUAUGGUGACCAAUGUUAACAAUCAGAAAUCACUGACCACUAGCAUAAUUCAACCGUUCACAGUUGAAGACCCAAAUCUUUAUGCAGUAAACGCAAAGCAGUUUAAGAAUUCGUACUAUGCAAUAUAUCCCAAUAUUUAAGAUAUUUUUUUAUAAUGUUUAGGACAGCGUUUCAGCAAUCUGUCCGGAUGGAGUAGAAUGAAAUCGCACUUACAUGUAAUUUCCAUUUGUCAUUCCAGUUUUUACUAAUUUUGUUAUAAAACUCAGUACUGAAUGUACUUCAUAAUUUAGUUUUUAUUCUCGAAUUAUUGAUAAGUCGCUUAUUUUAAGACAACGCCAUUUCUAUUGCGUAGUUUGCAACGGAAAAGGGAUGUUGAAAAUUUUUUAUUUUAACAUUGAAGCUUUUGCAUGUUGAGUUGAUCAUGAAUUUUCGUCUGUAGAUUAACAAUACUAGGUUAAUCUUUGAGGCGAUUGUUAAUGAAAAAAUUAGGAAAUUGUAACUAUAUUGAAGUGGUCUAUUUGAAAAGAUAUCAUGGUUCAUCAAAAGAAAAUCACUUCAAGAAUUUUGCAAUAAAAAAAUAAAACAAUAGUUAAUCCUUCUAAUAAUAACUCCAAAGUAGAUUCCACGGUUGUCAACGAGGGGGCCGCAAAAAGUACUCGUUUGUCCACAAGGCUAGUUGAGGGAACAUCAAGUUUGCAAAAAUUGGCCACGUCGUAUAUAAAACGCAUCUUUUGGAAAGUUUUUAUGCUGAAUUACUAGUAUACUCGUAUGAAUCAUUUCAAAUCAACAUCGGAAUUCGACACAGGUAAACUUUUCAUUUCAAAGUUGUUAAUUAUGAAAUAUUUCUUUACCAGGAUACUGAAGAAGGCUUUUUAAAGUAUAAUGAAAGUAGUGGUAAGAAAUAAAAGGUCACACUUCAUAUAGGCGUAAGUGCCAAAUUUUGGAGAUGAGUCUCGUUGGCCUAAAAUAAUUUUUUUAACCUGACUCAUAUUUCUGAAGAAGAUUAUGGUCUAGUUCGAUUAAGAAGUGAGGCAAAAUCCAUUUUUUUUAUAAAGUUAUCUGAUCUUUUUACCUGUUUCUUCCACCAUUCAAUAGAGCAAAACAAUAUCUCGAAAGUACUUUUUUUAUUAUUUAAACACAUAAAAAAGUUAUGCAACUCUUUGUGUAGUGUUAAGAAUUUGUUUAGAUUUAUUUUAAUUUUUAUUAUAUCUAGAAUUUUUGGAUUUAAAAAAAAAUACUUGCUAAAGCAGAAAAUCGAUUUACCCGGACCGUUCGAUUAUCGAUAUAGCUCGCAUCGAUAUCUUUAGUUAUGGACGAAUAGAUGGAUGAAUGGUAAGAGUUAUUAUUUUUUUGAAUUCGAACUAGUCGCUUCUCUGUGCACUAUUCUCUCGAGAAACGUUGAGUGUAUCGUUUCUCUCUCGGCUAGAAACCUCUAGUGCGAUUCGAAAGAGUGCUUUGCAGUACUAUUUUGUAUAAGCUCUGUAAAUAA